AUGGAAGCGGCAAAUGCUAACCUCAAUCUGGAGGAGGUUACGCAAAACGUGGCUGAGAAACAUAACCUCAAACUGGUUGAGGUUAUCCAACAAGCGGCAGAAACACCCAUGCCUUCUUCAAGUGGGACAAGCUACAACGCGGUGAGCAAACCUAACCUCACUCCUGCUAAGGUAUCCGACAGUGUGGCUAAUCGGCUAGCCAUUAUGAAGCGGCGGCAGGAGGCGGAGAGGAAACGGAUGGAGCUCGAGUUGCAGCUGAAGUUUGUGAAGGAGGAGGAGGACUUGUUGUCCGAGGAGUUGGGUGUGAUUGCGAUUUCGGGAGCAUCGACUGUGACACCGUCCCGGCCGGAUGGAGAAUCGAUGCGAGGCUCGCAGCAGGAUGAGCGUGGUCCCGCCCCGCGACUGGAAAGUGUUCAUCGAAACGUGCCAACCGAAUUACCCGAGUUUUCAGGGGACCCGGCGGAAUGGCCCGUAUUUAUUGCGCACUACGAUUACACAACGGAGAAAUGUGGUUUUUCCAACUGGGAAAACAUGAUACGGCUGCAGAAGGCGCUCAAAGGACCUGCGCUAGAAGUUGUGCGAAGCCGUUUAGUGCUACCGGAGGUGGUGCCACAAGUGAUUGCGACGCUGCGAUCGCGCUAUGGUCGGCCGGAACAUCUCAUUUCAGCGCUGAUUGGGAAAAUGCGUCGGAUGCCUGCACCUUGCAGGGAGAAGCCCGAUACUGUUGUGGCGUUCGGCGAGGCAGUGCGGAGCAUGGUAGAUCACAUGCAGGCUGCUGGUCUACGGGCACACUUGACCAACCCGUUGCUGCUGCAAGAGAUCGUGGAAAGGUUGCCGACGAGCGAGCAGUACAGCUGGGCACGGCACAUACGAGGCGUGACGGAACCGGAUCUUAUCGUGUUUGGCGAAUUCAUGACGGAAUGGAUGGACGAUGCUGAAACGUUAACCAGGCUGGAUUCACCCUCAUUGAAAGCAGUAGACAGGAAGAAACCUAACACCAAGGGUUACGUGCAUGCGCACGUGGAAAACCAGGGAGCGACCACAUCGGGAACAAGAGCCAUCCAGGUAGGACAAUCUUGUUUUGUGUGUAACAAACGGGGACACCUUGUGAGCAAAUGCUUCGCGUUUGGAGCAAUGGCGGUGAAGGACCGCUGGCGGAAGGCCCGUGCACUUUCUUUAUGUUUUAGCUGUCUGGAGCGGCACAACUGGCGGACGUGCCAAAACAGAGCGGUUUGCAGCAUUGGUGGGUGCACGCGCCGACAUCAUGUGUUGCUACACGGCGCUGAGGAGUCUCGCGAGAUCGGCAGCGAGCAGAAUAAUAUAGAAAGCCGUGAAGGAGGAAUCGAUGGUGGUGUCAUUGCGGAGAGUAACCAUCACCAAUACGUGUCAUCAUCAUCGAAGGCGCUAUUUCGAAUAGUGCCUGUCACCGUGUAUGGACCGGCUGCUACGGUGACGACGUUUGCGUUUUUGGAUGAAGGCUCGUCCAUGACGCUGGUGGAUGACGAUUUGGCUGAACAAUUAGGUGUUGAGGGCAAGGUGGAGCCACUUUGCAUCCGUUGGACAGGCAACACUACAAGGGUCGAGGCUGGAUCCAGACGAGUAAACCUGAAGGUGGGACCUGUUGGUUCUACAAAGCGGUUUGCCAUCCACUCGGUACGGACUGUGCCAGGGCUAAACCUACCUCGACAAUCCUUCGUGCAGGACGAAGGGAGAUGGCAACAUUUGGAGCGGCUACCGAUUCGGCAAUAUCGGGAUGCGGAACCCAAGCUGCUUAUUGGGUUGGACAAUUUGCGGUUGGCGGUCCCUCUCAGGACUAAGGAGGGAGGCGUUGGUGAUCCAAUCGCAGUAAAGACACGCCUUGGGUGGUGUAUUUACGGAAAACCGGCGAAUCUGGAGUGUGAACGGUUGUUGCAUAUUUGCGAGUGCAACGACCAAGGUAACAUUCACGAGACGAUUCGGGAAUAUUUCGACAUGCAGUUGAUUGGUGCUGCACACGGCGUCGAACAGGAUCCACAUGAGCGGCGUGCGAAGCAGAUUCUGGACACUACCACGACACGAAUCGGGAAGCGAUUCGAAUCGGGAUUACUGUGGAGGAAAGAUGACAUCGAGCUACCUCCUAGCAUCGACAUGGCGCGUCGUAGGUUCAAUUGUUUGGAGAGGAGGAUGGAGCGAGAUGGACAUCUUAAGGAACAAGUACAUCGCCAGAUUCGAGAUUUGUUGAGCAAGCAGUACGUUCACAAGGCUACGUUGCGUGAGCUGGAGGAGGCUGACCAGCGACGCGUAUGGUACCUACCAAUAGGGGUGGUUACCAACCCAAAUAAACCUGGAAGGGUUCGGCUGAUUUGGGACGCGGCAGCUAAGGCGCAUGGAACAUCGUUGAACGACAUGCUGCUGAAGGGACCAGACGAGCUGAGGUCGUUACUUGGCGUACUCUUCCGAUUUCGUCUGUACGCAGUGGCGGCGUGUGCAGACGUGAAGGAGAUGUUUUUGCAGAUUAUGAUACGAAAGGAAGACAAACACGCGCAGCGUUUCUUGUGGCGUUACGAACCAACGGACGAGUUGGAAACCUACAUCGUGGAUGUUGUAAUGUUCGGGUCUGCGUGUUCACCCGCAACGGCGCAGUAUGUCAAGAACCGAAACGCUCGAGAGCACAUGGAACAAUUCCCACGAGCGGUGGAGGGAAUUAUUGAAAGCACUUACGUAGAUGACUUUCUGGACAGCUUCGAGACGGAAGAAGAAGCAUGUCAGGUAUCCCAUGACAUCCUGAUACAAGAUCUUUGGCGAACUGGCACGCAGUGGGACGAAGAGAUUAACGACAUGCAGUUGAGACAUUGGCGUAGAUGGAUUGAUCUGCUUCCGGCAAUAGCAGACCUACGCAUUCCGCGCAGUUACUUUGCGGCAGCAUCGAAGAAGAUGUACGAGAAUGGCGAAUGGCAUUUGUUUGUCGAUGCAAGUCAGCACGCUUAUGCAUGCGUCUUAUAUCUGAGGAUAUUUGAUGAUGCUGGAGAACCUCAGUGUACACUCAUCGGUGGGAAAGCUAAGGUGGCGCCACUGAAGCCACUUACUAUUCCGAAGCUUGAGCUUCAGGCUUGCGUGUUGGGAGCGAGAUUUUUACGCUACACGCAGGAGCAUCAUCCGAUUAAUGUGAGACGACGAGUGCUUUGGUCGGACAGCACAGUUGCGUUGUCGUGGAUAAGGUCGGAUCCAAGAAACUACAAACCCUUCGUGGCUCAUAGGGUGGUCGAAAUACUGGAGAGCACAUCGGUUGACGAGUGGAGAUGGGUGCCUACUGACCACAACCCGGCAGACGAGGCCACGAAGUGGAAGGGAAAGCCGAAUUUCGACUUUGGUGGCAACUGGUUUCAAGGGCCAGAGUUCUUACUCCAUGGGGAGGAUGAUUGGCCAUCACAGAGGCACAACAGCGACAACCCGUCAGAAGAAAUACGACAGGUAAAUCUUCACGUGGAAGACUCUAACACCGGACUAUUACCUAUCCGGUAUGAACGUUUUAGCCGAUUGGAGAGGCUACAAAGGAUGAUUGGUUGGAUUGUCAGGUAUGUGGGCAAUCUGAGACGAAAGUAUCGUGGCGAACCUAUUUUAGGAGGUGCUCUACGACAAGAAGAACUCUAUGAAGCGGAUAAGAUUCUGUGGAGGCAGACACAACUCGAGUACUAUCCGGAAGAAGUUCGCAUUCUGAGUUUGGACGAUAACGAUGGAAAACCUGGAGGAAGAACGGUAUCAAAGCAAAGCCACAUUUACCAUCUAUUGCCGUUUGUGGACGAGGAAGGCGUAUUGCGAAUGCGAGGAAGGAUAGGUGCAGCGGCUGAUGUUCCUUAUUCUGCUAAGUAUCCCGUUAUACUGCCGAGGGGUUCCCGACUGGCUGAGUUGAUAGUAGAGCGGUAUCAUCGAUUGUAUCGUCAUGCGAACAACGAAACAGUGACGAAUGAGUUACGGCAACAAUUUCAGAUCCCGAAGCUGAGAGCGUUGGUAACGAAGACGGUGAAGAACUGUGUCUUCUGUAAGAUCAGGCGGUCACUACCACAAGUGCCGCCAAUGGCACCGUUACCAAAGGAGAGGCUCACGCCCUUUGUUAGGCCAUUCAGCUACGUCGGGCUGGAUUACUUUGGACCAGUGUUGGUCAAGAGAGGAAGAUCGAACGAGAAGCGUUGGAUCGCUUUAUUCACGUGUUUGACUGUGCGCGCGAUUCACUUGGAGGUGGUGCACAGUCUAUCGACGGAAUCGUGCGUGUUGGCGGUUAGACGAUUUGUGGCUAGAAGAGGUGCACCGGUAGAAAUCUUCAGCGACAACGGGACCAAUUUCUUGGGUGCUAGCAGACAGCUGCGGAGGGAGAUCGAGGAGCGCAAUGAAACUCUGGCGGCGAUUUUCACGAAUGCGCACACCCGUUGGACCUUCAACCCACCUGGCGCUCCACACAUGGGCGGCGUGUGGGAGCGUAUGGUACGCUCUGUAAAAGCGGCGAUUAGCACGGUGAUGGAGGCAAAGCACGCACCCGACGACGAGACGUUUGAGACAGUGAUCUUAGACGCAGAGGCGAUGAUCAACUCUAGACCGUUGACUUAUGUUCCCUUGGACCCGGAGAACCAAGAGGCAAUCACACCGAAUCAUUUCCUGUUGGGGAGUUCUUCAGGUGUAAAGCAGCAGCCAGUGUUACCUACGAACUAUAGGGAUAGCUUGAAGGGAAAUUGGAAGUUAGCGCAGCAUAUGCUCGACGGAAUAUGGAGGCGGUGGAUUAAGGAAUAUUUACCGGUGAUCUCGCGGCAGAAUUCCCUCAGCGUCAAGAUCAUCCACAAAUGA